GGCGGUGUUAGCACCGCCUUCCGCUCGGGAGGAGCUGAGAUGCUGAACGGGCGCGGUAGGUGCAGAGUAUUGGGCUAAAGAUUAUCUGCCUGUCCAGUCCUGCUGCUUGUUCACAAACACCUCCUAAAGUGUUCCCCAGAACAUCCUACCAUGGACCCAAAGCCUCGAAUUAUGCCAGAGGGAGGACGGCUAGAAUACCUGCAGGCAUUGGUCACUGAGUUCCAGGAGACAUCGAGCCAAGAAGCCAAGGAGCAGGUCCUGGCCAAUCUAGCAAACUUUGCCUAUGACCCCAACAACUACCAGUAUCUCCGGGACCUGCAGGUGUUGGAUUUAUUCCUCGAUGUACUGAGCGAGGACAGCGAUACCUUAGUGGAAUUUGCCAUCGGUGGCCUCUGCAACCUGUGCCUGGAUAAAGUCAACAAAGAGUAUAUUCUGCAGAUGGGAGGCAUUAAACCCAUCAUCAACUGCCUGUCCAGCUCCAAUGAGGAGACCGUCAUGUCAGCAGUCACAACACUCAUGUACUUGAGCACAGCCCAGUCCAUCCAGGAACUCACAGCCCUGCCUGUGGUGGAAUGCAUGCUACGCUUCUCCCUCUCUGCAAAUAAGAGACUUAGCAAUCUGGCCACCAUCUUCCUGGAAGACUACUGCUCCCCUAGCCAGGUAGAAGAAGCCCAGAAUCUGAGUGCACACACCGCCGUAGGCAUCCCACUCCCCAGAGACUGACUGAUACUGUGCCAGCGAGGUGGUGUCCAUCCUCACCAGGCCCUGCACAGUUGGUGGAGAAGCUUGUUAGAAGGGCCAUGUAAGUAAGGGAAGCUGAAUCUGGGAAAAGACCAAUUUAAGCUGGGCUACAGGGACUGAAAGAUCAUAAGGUUCUUCAGGAGAAAAAUGUCCCAUCAAACAGUAAAGCAGUUUGGGGGGUAAGAUGGGGAAGCCUUGAAAGAGUAAUCUGAGGACAGACAAGAUGUGGUACUAUCGAUAGGGACAGUGCCACUGUCUGGCAGCAGAUAGUGGCCAAGGGUUUUAUACCUCUCUGGUAGGGGGAUUUGGCUAGUAAUAUAUAGGUUCCCUCAAAAUCUGCAAGGUAAAACUACAGAGCCCUGAGAUGAAUGCCAUACACCAAAUAUCAAAAAGUUUUGUUACUCUAGUUAAAUAGGAGUGAGUGUAGAAGAAAGAGGAACAGUUAGGACCUGAACUCUAGUUCAGGCCCUGCCUGAUUACCAGCCAUGUGAUCUCUGUUAAACAAGGCAUUUAACAUCCAUGAGCCUUGAUUUUCCCAUCUGCAAAAUGGAUAUAAAAUGACUGUCAAUGUGAAGCUCAAAUGAGAUUGUGUCCAAGAGCAACAACAUGUAGGGAUGAUCAGUUAUCAUACCAGUUGGUUUAUGCCACUCUAUCCUCCAGCCACCCUCUUUAGGUUCUGCCCUCUCAGUUUGAUAUAAAAUCAUCCUUGUUGAAGGGCCAGGAAAUACAUUUAAUGCAUCAUCUGGCCCCUUAGGAAGACUUACCUGGGAGAAGGCAGUUAAGCACAUGAGGGGGCCAUUCUCUAGAAUGGGUUGCUACAUUUGCAUAAUCGUUAACUGUACUAUUUUGUGGUAAGAGUUGAGGCCAUAGGUGGCUGUAUA